AUGUUCACUUUUGGUUUUUUAAAGCUUCGUGACGGAUCUUCUAUUGGCAUUUCUGGACCUCAACGAGCCUGUGGUUUCUGUGCAAGUAAUCACGAAAUGUCAACUUCCGGAAAAGCUGAGGAUACCGAUGACGAGGAUUCGGUAGACCCAAAGCAAUCUAAUCAAGAUGAUCCGGUCCACAUGUCUGGUACUUUUGUGGCCACGUCAGAUUACUCAUUCUCCUCUUUCCACUCAGAGUCAGAAAAUCAACCGCAGCGUCAGCAUCAAUCAACGGAUAGAGCUUUUUGCUCUUGUCAUCCUUGUCAUGAUUUCCCCCGACAAUCAAUUAAAAAUUUCUUCCCCACUGUAAAUAACAAUCUUUCAACUCCUCGAAAGCUGGCGAGUUUCAUAUCUGUAGACUGCCGCCAUUCCCUUCCCGACAGACAGACCUUUUUCUUUCUCUGGUUCAAACUGACUUCCUCUCAGUCUCUUAAUUUGGCAAAUAUUGAUGAUGCAAAGUCUCAGUUGAAUUCAUUUUUCUCCAAAAAUAGAAGUUAUCCAAUGAGAUCAAGUGGCAUUGAUGAUGACACUUCUUUAGCUGAUCAGAAAUCCGAUUAUCUGGAAACGGUUAUGGUUGGUGCUGAAAAAUGCUCCACAGGACAACACAUUAUUGAUUGGCUUGUUUCAAACUCAGGGGGAAAGAUAGAUUCAAGAGAAAAGGCUUUUGCACUAUGUGAAGCCUAUCUAAAAGCAUCAUUCCUCAGGCCUCUGAAUAACAGAAAAUCUCCUUGGAAGUUUAUCGAUGGACCCGAACUCUAUCGAAUUUGUGAAGACAUGGAUGAUAGUUCGCUGUUGCCGAAAUCAACACAAUCGAUGGAUAAUCUCAUCAGACGCAAUUCUUUAUUGUCUGAAUCUAUUUCCCUCUCCCACAUCGAUGAGGAACUUUCCCAAAGAGAUACAGGGCGAAGCCUAUCAACUUUUGCAUUAAAUCGGCCUUUGCUUGAAAAUCUGGAAAUAAAUUCACCACAAAAGAAGGAGCCAAUAGUGGCUUCAAAUUUCACCACUUUAAAUUCGAAAACAGUCUAUACGGAUUAUCUGGAAAAGUUGAUCCAACAGGAAACAAGGGAUAAUUGUCUCUGGGGUGAUUGGAAAUCCCUGAUAGGGGAAACUGUCCAACUACUCUGUGAUGUCCUCCAUCUUGAUCUGCGAAAAAUUUUGGCGAAAAAUCUCCAAAAGCUACGAGAGCAACAAGAGGAGAGCCCAAGACAGCAUUGCUCCUUAAUUGAGAAUAAGGAGCUGCAGGAUUUUUUCCGAUCGAAAUAUUCGGCUAUGCAUAUUUUGAGAUAUGUGCAUGUUAAAAAGGUGUUGGAUCACUCUGAAUCUGUUCAAAUCCUCAAUGGACUAGCUUUUACGGGCCAUUUGAUUAACAAGCAUCUGCCAACUCAAUUUUUCCAACCCAGAAUUCUGAUGUUAGGUUCCUCUAUCACCUAUGAACGCAAUAUCUACAGACGCACUUAUCUUGGCUCUUAUGCUGCUCAAGAGGAGGAAUACUUAGGAAAUUGUGUAACAAAAAUCCUAUCUCUUCGACCUACAGUAAUUCUAGUUGAAGGUGGAAUUGCAAAUAUUGCUAUGAGUAUGCUUGUCAAAUCGGGGAUUGCAAUAUUCUGUAAUGUGAAAAAGGUGGAUCAAAUCCUUGGGUCCACAAACACCGCCAUUAUAUGCAUCACAAUUACUAUUCUUCUAUACCUUUUCUAG